GCAUGCGCGGCUGAGUUGCGGGACCACCACCUACUGCGUCACCGCGCCGGAACCGGAACUCUUCCACUGACAAGAUUGAGCAGGGAAAUAGUGGAAGAGUUUGUAGUUGUUUCCGAUACACCGAGCUGCCAGCCUCGGUUGAGUCUGUAGCGCUAUGGCGGCCUCGGGUCUUCCGCCGUUGCCCCCGCAGUUCAAACCCAUCCAGCACUUCCUGAGAACCGCGCAGGAGCUCGAGAAGCGGGAGCCUGUGGUGGCCUAUUAUUGUCGUUUAUAUGCUAUGCAGACAGGUAUGAAGACUGAUAGUAAAAACCCAGAGUGUCGCAAAUUUUUAUGCAAGCUCAUGGAUCAUCUUGAAGCUAUGAAGAAGCAGUUGGGUGAUAAUGAAGCUAUUACUCAGGAAAUAGUUGGCUGUGCCCAUGUGGAGAAUUAUGCAUUGAAAAUGUUUCUUUAUGCAGAUAACGAAGAUCGAGCUGGGCGAUUUCACAAAAAUAUGAUUAAGUCUUUUUAUACUGCAAGUCUUCUAAUAGAUGUCCUGACUGUGUUUGGAGAACUAACAGAUGAGAAUGUUCAACACAGAAAAUAUGCCAGAUGGAAGGCAACAUAUAUUCAUAACUGUCUAAAGAAUGGAGAGACACCACUAUCCGGGCCCAUUGGAAUGGAAGGGGAAUUCUGUGAUGAUCAAAAUGAAGAAGAUGGCUCCCCUGCACUACCCAAUCAAGAAUCACAACCAUCCUCAUCUACAUAUGAAUCAAGCAAUGUGCCUGCAAGCAGUUACACUGGCAUACAUAUCCCACCAGGUGCUCAUGCUCCAGCCAACACUCCUGCUGAAGUGCCUCAUAACACAAGUGUGACAAGCAGUACUCUUCAACCCACUCCUCAAAAUAUUCCCAUAGUAGAUCCUUCACUUUAUAAUGUCCAACCUUCAGGGGAAAUUCGUUUGACUCCAGAAGACUUUGCCAGGGCUCAGAAAUAUUGCAAAUAUGCUGGCAGUGCUUUGCAGUAUGAAGAUGUGAGCACUGCUGUACAGAAUCUGCAGAAAGCCCUCAAGCUACUCACUACAGGCAGAGAAUGAUCCCAUUGUCCACCCGAUUCAUGACUUGCGCCUAAAGAACUAACAGUCCAUUACUCUUAACUUCAGCCUGUCAGGGAAACAUGGUUGUACAAAAGCUUUUGAUUUCUGUGACAAGAAAACAAACUCUGUAUCUCUAUCAAAUUCUUUCUGUAGUCUGGGCUAGAGAGUCUUUUGGCAGAGGAAUAAGAACCAUCUGGCUAUAGUGGUUUGAACUCAAAAUGCCAUUCCUAGGCAGUUCUGGGCCAGUGCUCCAGAUGGCUCCAACACUGAUGCUGUUUGUGAAAACAUGUUUAAUGUUUACAUCUUGAAAAACAAGCGGACAAGCUUUGUGUUAAUGUGUAUUUGGAAUUUCUCACACGUAUUGGGUUGUUUUGGAAACACAAUUUGUUUUUAUGUGUAGAAUUCAAUAAUGCAGAGAGAGAGAUUAUGAUAUGGCAAGGGGAGGCUUCCCACCUCCCUUCUAACUUGUCAAAUCAAUUUGGAAACACAGGAAUUUUUCAAGAUACAUCAAACAAACCAUUUUAAUGGUUCCCAGUUCUAGCAAUAAUCAAAGCUGCAUGGUUGUGUUACUUUCCUUGUUUUUCUUUGCAUGGUUCAUUUCAUUUUUUAGUACAAAAGGAAUCGGCACAUCCCAAAAGAAGAUACCCUGACCUUUGAGAGCAUUUUCAUUUAGUUCUAAACCUUAGAAAGAUACCAUGGCAUAUCUAGACUUUGAUGUUGAGAAGUUUUGGUGGUAUUUUUAUUUACAUCUAGUGCUCAUCUCUGGUAAGGUUGCUACACAAAUUUUAAAAUUUAAUCUAAUCCUUGGCCCUGGACUGUAGACCCCAUUAAAGAAUUGGACCCUUGAUAUGUAGUGUGGAAUUAUUAAUCUAAUGUUAAAGUGGAUCUGUUCUGUUUAACAAUGAAUUAACAUAAUUCAGUUUUAGAAGUGAAUAGAAUAAAGUUUUCCUGAAUGACA